AUAUACACACACACAGAGAAACCGAAUGAGCCUCAGAGUUUGAAAGGAGGAAGAAAAAGACGCAGUUCUGAAUUUGUUGCUUGUUUAAACGCGCUGAGGAAGAACUUUUCACUUUCUGAGUUUUAAUCGAAGCCCAGUGCUGAGGUUGAAGUGUCAGAAAUGACGGACGCGAUAAUACCAAACGGAUGCAAGAGCACCCGAGUGAGUGAGAAUGACUACUUCAGGAAGGGCUGUAACCCACUGGCUCAGACCGGCCGCAGUAAGCUUCAAAACCAGAGAGCGAGUCUCAAUCAGCAGAUCAUCAAACAAAUGAGAAUGAGAGCGGGUGCUGAGAAUCUUCUCAAGGCCACAGCCAAUAGUAAAGUCCGUGAUAUGGUUCUGCUGGAGCUGAGUUAUGUGAACUCCAAUUUGCAACUUCUUAUGGAGGAAUUGGAAGGUCUGAACAGUUCAGUAGAGGUUUACCAGAAUGUACGAGGUUCAGCCAUAAUCCCUCUCAUUCCUUUGGGCCUGAAGGAGACAAAAGACUUGGACUUUUCUGUACCUUUCAAGGAUUUCAUCCUUGAGCAUUACAGUGAGGAUGGCGCAUGCUUUCAGGAUGAAAUUGAUGAUCUGAUGGACCUCAGAAAGGCAUGCCGCACUCCAAGCCGUAACGACGCAGGGGUCGAACUUCUCGCCAGCUAUUUAAGCCAGCUAUCACUCUUGGACAGUCGUUUCUUCUCCCCCAACCGCUCGAUGGGCAUUUUCUUCACAUGGUACGACUCUUUUACUGGGGUGCCAGUAUGCCAACAGAAUAUAUCCCUGGAAAAGGCCAGCAUCCUGUUCAACAUGGCUGCCCUUUACACCCAGAUUGGCACACGCAGCGAAAGGCACACAGAGGCCGGCCUAGAGGGUGCCAUCACUGCCUUGCAAAAAUCAGCCGGUGUGCUCAAUCACCUGAAGGAGACUUUUACACACACACCCAGCUAUGACAUGAGCCCAGCCAUGUUGAAUAUGCUGAUAAAGAUGCAGUUGGCUCAGGCUCAGGAGUGCGUGUUUGAGAAGCUCACUCUGCCUGGAAUCUGUAAUGAGUUCUUCAGCCUGCUCAGAAUUGCACAGGAAGCUGCCAAGGUGGGAGAAGUGUAUAAACAGGUGCACCAGUCCAUGAUCCAGUCCCCUGUUAAAGACAAUGUGCCCUUUUUCUGGUCCACAAUGGCACAAGUGAAGGCCCAUCACUAUUGGGCUCUCAGCCAUUACUUCAUUUCCACUUCCCUAAUGGACCAUGAGUUAACACUCAGUGAUGAGGAGGAUAAGCAGGAGAAGGCUCUCUGUCAGGUGUAUGACACAGUGCCUGAUGGACGCCCUCUCCUCGAGAUCCUGCGCAAGAAACAGGAGCGGCGCCGCAUAGGUAAGGCUCACCUGAAGCGUGCGAUAAUGAACCAAGAGGAUGCAUUGCGUUACCAGAGCCUGUGCCCUCACCUCCGCAAGCUGGACAUCCUCGGUACCAUUCUCGAAGCCAGCCACAAGCGCUCACUUGAAAAAUUUGAGCAAAACAACACAGAAGAGGAGUUCACAGAUUACAUGGAGGCACCAAACGUCGCCGCUAAAACUGAGCAGAAAGCCGAAAUGGAGGUUCCCGUCACCACUAAGGUGAAAGUCAAAGACUUAUUCCACCGACUGGGCCCAUUGUCUGUGUUCUCAGCCAAACAGAGGUGGACCGCACCACGCACGCUCAGGAUAAAAGCUGAGGACAGAGACCUAGGUUUCACACUGAAGGGGGAUGCACCUGUCCAGAUCCAAUCACUUGACCCCCUCUGCCAGGCUGCUGUGGAUGGCUUGAAAGAGGGUGAUUACUUGGUUGCUGUUGGCGACACUGACUGUAAAUGGAUGGGUGUGAGUGAGGUCAUGAAGCUGUUGAAAGAUGUGGACGAGGAAGGCAUCGACAUAAAAGUCAUCAGCAUGAUUGACAGCAGCAUCCAGGCCAUGCCAACAAAAAGUGCCACAUUCUCAGGUGGCCUUCCAAAAACCUACUCCAUGAUCUGCCUGGCUGAAAAUGAUGACGACAAACAUCCGAAAGUACGCAAAGUCAGCAAGAAGAUGUCAUUCCUCAGCUGGGGGCUGAAGAACAAACACAAGAGCGCCAGCACUCUGAGCCUCCCUACAGCCGACUACAAACCCUCCAUUCCCAGGUCCUUCAAUGACAGUAGCCUCUACUAAACGCGCACACGAAGAGAACACUGACCUGCUGGUAGUGGCACAGUGCUCUCGGGCACAGGUACAAAGUCGAACAGUCACUGGUAAAGUGGUGAAGGAAAAAAGACUCUUGCACACAAUCCUUAGGACAGAGUGAGUAAAUGUGUGGUGACUUUCUCAACUGGCAAAAAGUUUAUAGAUCUGUAAGUCAUCUUAUGACUGCAUGCUCGAGCCAUUGUAGGUGUUUUAUAAAAGGGAGGGGGGUAAUUCAGAGGAAAAACCCUCAAUUUCCAAGAUUAAAUCUAUGAGAAAAAAAAUUUAGAUAUUCUCGGAGAUUAAAGUCACAAAUUUAUGAGAAGAAAACUUGGAAAAAGUGUCUUGUGCAUUACAGAGCUGAGGGAGGGGGUUCUGAGACUAAUAUCUCCCAAAUUCAGAUAUUAAAAAGUCAGAAAUUUAUGAGGAAAAAACUUGGAAGAAUAGUGGGGGGGGGUUUGCUGUCAAGGUACCAGAUUGUUUGCUUGUUUGUUUGUUUUUCAUUUUGCAAGUAUUGAACAUCAGCACAACACAGCUGAGCGAAGAGUUAGAGGAAAAGUGGUCUUUCCUCCUCAAUCAUGGGAGAAUGUGAUUGUCUCAGAGGAUAUCCAAGGGGUUUGUUUUAAUUAAUUUAUUUUUUUUUAAAAUUUAUUUGUCUUUUGAAUCUCAGAAAUUGAGGGGGGGGGGGUCUCCCAAAUUUGACUUUAUGAUCUCCGAGAACAUCCAAGUUUUUACCUUGUAAAUUUACAAGUUUUUCUGAGUAUUAUCCCCUCCAUCAGUGAUGCUUUUUUUUUUAAACUGACCGUGGCCCAGUAAGCCAUCAUAUUGUGCCCAUGUAGUUGACACGGUUAAAAUAUGAUAACCAGUUUUUGGAAAAUCUAUAAAUAUAUAAAUGUUGUAUAUCUGUCCUAUUAUCUGUGUGCCAUACAUGGGAGGUUUUUUUUUUUUUUUUAAAAAAGAGCAUAAACAGUCCUACAGGGAACUGAUACUUUGUGGCAUCAUCUUGCCAAUAGCUAUGAAGAUGGGAGGACUCUGUGCUUUUACCAAUCAAGAACAUUCUGCUGCUGCUGCUGUAAAUAUUCUUAUUUCACUGUAUUUUUUGAUCGAAGAGUCGACGAUUGUGUGUGUGUGGACUUCUUUGAAUUUUUCUUUUCUUUAUGCUAGUUUGUCCACAGUUCCACAGGAAUACACUAAGGAAAAGAGAUUCACUAAAUACUUUAACGCUGCCGUUUGGAGCAUUUUAAGAAGUAAAAAUGUUAAUGUUACAGCAAGUUUAGUGUGAAAUGUAUUGGAGUGUUCUCAUUUUGUGUAAUGUGAAGGUUCAUUGGGUGGUUCAUGUAUCGUGUUAAUCUGCCACUGCAGUGAUUGCUUCUGUAUUAAACAUGCUCUGUUUAUUUUGAUGAAGUGUUGACAGGAAGAGUUCUGCCUGAGGACUCUGGUGGUGCUUGAGCCAAUCUCAAGCUUGAAGGGUUAAAGAAAGAACCUCAUUCAGUAUAGAAAGACCUAUUAUUCUUAUUUUUAUGUCUGCUAUUUGCUAACACCUUCUGAAGGGUUAGAUGUAUUUCACUGUCUACAACGUAGAUACUUGUAUACAUUUGAUAAUCAAAUAAAUAAAACGCACAUAGAGAAAAUGAUCUAUAAAUAUAAGUAUAUAUUCCUCUGAUGUAUUUAGGGAGAGUCCCACUGUGGCUAGUUGCACAUGGGUGAUGCCAUAGGUGAGUGUUAUGUUUAAUGUUUGUGCAAUUAAGUAUUUGACUUCAUAUUAUUCUCUAUCCUUCAACUGAAUUUUUUUUUUGUGGGUAUUAUUAUUAUUAUUAUUAUUGUGUGUUGGUGUCCCUUUUAAAAUGUCUAAUUCCCUUUAAAAGUCUUCAAAAGCGACUUUACUCCUAAAUAUUUCGUCUCUGCAUUCACCAGAGCUGCAAUAUCUAGACAUGGGUUUUUUUUGUUUGUUUGUUUUUUGGGGUUUUAAAUAAAAAUGGAAACAAGUGUAAUGUUGGGCGAUGUUUAGACCUCCUCAAAGGUACUGGAGGUCACAUGCAGGUGGAUUUAUUGCUCUUUGAUGGCACUAUUUUAAAAGGCAUUUUAUAUAUUCUGGGUUAGUUAUUAAUGCAUUAGUAAAUUUAAAUAAGUCUGAAAGGGCAAACCUCUGAAUUGGUACUGUAUCCAGUGGGGUUUUGGCAUUUAAGUGGGUUGUGUGUGGGUUUCUUUUCUCCCCCCCCCCUUCCCUCCUGUGGUUUUAGAUUUGCUGUUUUGCCUUUCUGUUGCAGUCUACUGUUUGAGUGGAAGUGAGGCUCAUUUUUUUUUGUCACUUUGUAUACAAACCUGGAAUAAAAUAAAAUAUAACGGGUGA